AUAACAUGCGACCUACAAUAUAUAUGCUUACGGGAGCAGUCACAGAUUGCGAUCCAUUGCCGUCCACUGAUCCAAUUUUUAGUGACAGUUCAGAGAGUGAGGAAUCUGCAGAACCCGCUGGUAAUAUGGAAGGAGAUGACUAUGACGACCUUGAUCGUAAUAGAAGAAGACGUGGUGAAGGAGAUGAAUAUGAGGAACUUGAACCUAAAAAUACAUCGCAAGAAAUGGGUGACGACAAACUUAAACAACGCGCACCUGCCAUGUUAGAAAAUGAAGUGUUUAAUGUUGCGCAACUUCUAAUGGAAGCUUCAGAACCGAGGAAAAAUUGUACCCUUCAAGAUUACAUCAUGUAUUUCAAGCAAGUGGUAGAGUGUGGAAAAAUAAGAAUGACACUAACUUCUGAUGAAACAUUUGAAAAUUGUUCACAAGCCGAUGUGGAAAGCUCCUGGAAGGCAAUGAGUUUAUGCUUAAUGGAGGAAAAAUUAAAUAAACUACCUUGUAUAAUAUCAGAUAAAAAUCAGACUGAAGUAUUAAGACUGAAGUAA